UGACGCAUGCGCGCGGCGUUGAAUCGGGCGCGCGCGAGAGCACUCCAGGAAGGGCCCGACUUGUUUGCGUUUCGCAGUCGUCGCCGUUGUUGCCGUUUUCAAACUUGGAUUCGCGACGCCCGUUCGCGUGAAAUGUGGAACCAGGGAUACAACGAGUCGAGUAUGACCGGCGGCUACACUCAGUCGCCCGGUGGCUUCGCGUCACCUUCCUUAUCCCAGGGAGAGAAGAAAGGGAGAAGCCGAGUCUCCCAGAUCAUACCGUGCACAGUGUCCCAGCUGAUGUCCGCCACCCAGUCGGACGAGGCCUUCAAAGUUGGCGAAGUGGAGGUGUCCCAGGUGACCCUCAUCGGAAUCAUCCGGAACACCGACAAAUCCAUGACCAACAUCCAGUACAAGGUGGACGACAUGACGUGCGCCCCCAUGGACGUCAAGCAGUGGGUGGACACGGAGGAGCCCAGCGUGGACGGCUCCGUGCUGCCUCCCGGCACCUACGUCAAGGUCUCGGGAAACCUGCGCUCCUUUCAGAAUCACAGGUCGGUGGUGGCGUUCAGCGUCAAGCCCCUGGACGACUUCGACCAGAUCACGUCGCACAUGCUGGAGGUGGUGCAGGCGCACAGGGGCCUCGGCAAGCUGCAGACCUCGGCCGGUUUCGGGACGAGCGAGCACACGUCGUCCGCGCCGCCGCGCGGCCCCUCGGGCGCGGCGGACUCGAGUUACGCGGGCGCGCGCGACGUGGCCAACAACGGCUUAAGCGCCACUCAGAACCAGGUGCUGAGUCUGAUCAGAGGCUGUCCGGACCCGCAGGGCAUCGGUCUUCACGACCUGAAGGCGAGACUGUCCAACCUCAGCAUGGUGGCCAUCAAGCAAGUGGUGGAAUUUCUGAGCAACGAGGGUCACAUCUUCUCCACCAUCGACGAAGACCACUACAAGUCAACAGAUUGUGACCUUUAGUGCUUACUUCCUCUUCUUUUGCCAAAGGCGCCACUUUGUAAUUGUACUUUUUUUUUCCUUCCAAAAAAAAAAAAAAAAGCCAACUUAUUUGUCACCUUAAAUAAACAGAAUUCUGUUGUCAGCUUC